AUGAACGUGCGAAAGUCGAUUUCCCUCCACCUCCAGUCUGCCAUUGCCGAUAGCGACAAGCUGCUUCAAACCCUCACCAGCGUCACCGAAAGCCUGGCCGUUGCUGAUCAUGAGUGUGACCUGGCCAUUAAAAAGUUUGAUACGGAGAAAUGCCGUAGCGAGGAACUUGAGAAGCAACUCAAGUUUUUCAACUGUGAAUUAAGUCGCGCCAGUCUUCGCAUGAUUGAAUUGGUUCGGUGCCGCGAUUACAGGGCUAUUGAUGUCAACGUUGCAGAGCAACAGGUCGUUCUCCGAAAUGAGCAGAUCAAGCAGCUCGAGGUGGAAGUGGAGCGAAUUCAGAACCUCGUCUUCUCUCUGGCAGCCGAAUGUGCCAAGACCGUCGAAAAAUACCGCCAGGCGCAACGAGAGGAAUGA